AUGCUUAAUAUCUUUAGUUUGGUCUGUAUUUGUAUUCACUCCGUACUUUAUUCAAGUAGUUUUUUCUCGGCGAAAUUGCCCGAAGCCUACGCUUUCUUGAAUCCAAUUGUAGAUAUUAUGCCAAUAAUACCUCUACUUUUUUUUCUCUUAGCUUUUGUUUGGCAAGCUGCUGUAAGUUUUCGAUGA